AAAGUGAGGAUAAUUUAACGGUGAUACAGUGGUGAAGUUGUAUAUGUUCUAUUUCGUUAAUAUAUGAUCACAUGAAUGUGUGUUAAUUGAACCUGAACGUCUAAAUUGAGGGACGAAUACCAUACCUCUAAAAGAACUGGUUAAAACUGGAAUUACUAUUACAAGAUAUUGUAGAAACAUCAUUCGGUAGUCGGUAACAUUCAAUUAUACUCAUAUCUUUAGAGGAUUACCUGCAAUACGAUUUCAAUUUUUUUUAAUUAAAAACCAGAAUAUGUAAGCAGACUUUUACAAGACAGGCAAACGUAAAAUAAGAAAGGAUGGACGACCAGGUGCCGAUAAUUCAGCAGCAGAUGGCUGAAGAGCGACAAGGUGGACUCGGUAUUAUAACAUGUGCAGUAUUUAUUGUCGGUGAGAUUGCCGGAUCAGGGGUUCUUGCUCUUCCAGCCGCUGUAGAAGGAGCUGGAUGGAGUGGACUUAUUAUAAUGGUAUUAUGCUGCCUUAUAUCUGCCUAUACUGGUAAUAUACUGGGAAAAGCUUGGAUGAUAGUUAGAAAACGAAAUAUAGAAUACCAGAUAGGGCAUGUUCGAUACCCAUAUCCUGCCAUUGGCCAGGAGGCUUUUGGUAGAUUUGGCAGGAAUCUUGUGUCAAUAUCUAUUAACUUCACAUUGUUUGGUGUCGGAGUCGUAUUUUUACUCCUUGCUUCCAUCAAUAUAGCUAAUCUCCUCGAGCCAUAUUGGCCUGACGUUAGCUUCUGUUACAUCGGAGCUAUAGUUGCUGGUUGUCUGAUACCUGUAUCAUGGUUAGGAACACCUGCAGAUUUCUGGUUUGUAGCUGUGGGCGCAACAUGUGCCACUGCUAUCGCAUGCUGUAUUUUACUUGGUAAUGUCAUAUAUGACGGAGAAAAGAAGGUUGGUGCUUUAAUUCAUAACGAAAUAGACUUUACGUCCUUUUCCGUGGCAUUUGGAACAAUUUGUUUUGGUUUUGGUGGACAUCCGGCAUUUCCAACUUUCCAGGCAGAUAUGAAGAAGCAAGAAAACUUUGGAUGGGCAGUUUUGGUCGGAUAUUUGAUUGUUUUGGCAAUGUAUUUUCCUGUCUCAGCAGCCGGAUAUUUCGUAUAUGGAGGUCAAAUAACUGACAACAUUUUAGAUGUCGUGUCUAGAGGACCUGCACAUACAGUCGUGUCUAUUCUAAUUAUAGCUCAUCUUAUGCUUGGUUUUAUUAUUGUAAUCAAUCCAUUUUGUCAAGAAAUAGAACACCUUUUAAAAAUUCCAACACAUUUUUCAAUAAAAAGGGUCAUGUCAAGAACAACUAUAGUUAUCGUGGUGUUAUUUGUUGCCGAGUCUGUUCCACAUUUUGGUAGUAUUUUGUCGCUUGUUGGCGGGUCUACAACAACAUUACUUGCAUACAUAUGUCCUCCAUUAUUCUAUCUGAAGUUAUGCAGACAAAAACCGAGCACAACUGAUAACUGGGAACCAGAACCGGAAGUACCGUUACAUACAAAAGUAAUCAACUAUGAAAUUAUUGCUGUUGGUUUUAUAGCGGGUGUGGCAUCUACCUACUCGGCGUUGAAGUCCCUUAUCACUGACCAUUUUACAGUACCAUGUUAUAUUAAUCCAAUAGAAGCUGGAAAAUAGUAGUAUCUUUUCUAAGAAAAAUGUGAAUAAAAUUUUAAUUCAGUAAGGUUUAUGUAAAACUAACGAUUUUACAGUUUCUUACUGUCUUUUUGUGAUUUCUAAAGAUUGACUCUAGUGAAACAAUAACACUUAAGUGAGAGAGUUUACGAGUUUGAUAUAUACACUAUACAAAUACAUACUCGUAGACAAUACACUGAUGAAUCCGUAAUGAAGUAUUAUUAAAAUUUCAGUCAAAUACUUUA